GCCGCGGCCGGGCGGUUGGCGGAGUCGGGCGGCCACCGCGGGAAGAAGGGACACGGCGCCGGCGGCGGCCGUAGGGACACCCGCCCCUGGCCCUGGCCGCAUGCUGCCGGCCCCUCGCCGGGCGUGACGGACGCGCGGCGGACGCGGCUGCGGCGGAGGCUUCCGGGGCCGCGUUUGCCCCUGCGGGGGCCCGUGUCGGCGGGCCGGAUGGCGGCGGCAUCUGCGCUCCGGCCGCCGCGGCUGCUGUCGCUGUCGCCGCGGCCGCCGCUGUCGCUGCCGCUGCCACUGCUGGUGCUGCUGCUGCUGCUGUGGGCCCCGGCCGUGCUGCGGGCCGCCCCCGAGGAAGAUCCGGGCCUCCGUAACCAGGAAGCGCCGGCGCAGCAGCUGCAGCCGCAGCCCGCGGUGCAGGGCCCGGAGCCCGCCAGGGCCGAGAAAGGACUUACAGCGGCCGCCCCGGUUCAUCCCAAUAAAGAAGAGUCAGCCUCCCAAACGAAUCUGGGCUUCAUCCAUGCGUUCGUCGCGGCCAUAUCAGUUAUCAUCGUCUCGGAGCUCGGUGACAAGACGUUUUUCAUCGCAGCCAUCAUGGCCAUGCGCUACAACCGGCUCACCGUGCUGGCGGGAGCCAUGCUGGCCCUGGGCCUGAUGACCUGCUUGUCAGUUUUGUUUGGCUAUGCCACCACUGUCAUCCCCAGAGUGUACACAUACUACGUUUCGACUGCUUUAUUUGCCAUAUUUGGCAUUAGAAUGCUUCGAGAAGGCUUAAAGAUGAGUCCAGAUGAGGGUCAAGAGGAACUGGAAGAAGUUCAAGCAGAACUGAAGAAAAAAGAUGAAGAAUUUCAGCGCACCAAACUCCUAAAUGGACCUGGAGAUGUUGAAACGGGUGCAAGCACAGCGAUACCUCAGAAAAAGUGGCUGCAUUUUAUUUCGCCCAUCUUCGUUCAAGCGCUUACUUUGACGUUCCUGGCGGAGUGGGGUGACCGCUCCCAGCUGACCACGAUUGUUCUGGCAGCGCGGGAGGAUCCCUACGGCGUUGCAGUGGGUGGAACUGUGGGACACUGCUUAUGCACCGGAUUGGCAGUAAUUGGAGGGAGAAUGAUAGCACAAAAAAUCUCCGUCAGAACUGUGACAAUCAUAGGAGGCAUCAUAUUUUUGGCAUUUGCAUUUUCUGCACUAUUUAUAAGUCCUGAAUCUGGUUUUUAACAAGCUGUUUGUUCAUUUGUAUCUAGUUUGAUAGGUAACUCCUUAUGUACAUAAUGUGCAUUAUAACUAAAACUGAUGGAAAAUACUGUUAUUUUGUAGUAUUGAUUUAUGAAUUCCCCUAUAAUGGAAGUAUUAUGUCCAAAGGAAAUAAUCAUGGAUUCUAUUAUCAACAUGGAUUUUUAAGAGAAAUCUGAUCUCCUAAGUGUGGGUUUUUUUUUCCUCCACAGCAGAAAUAAUACCAAUGUAGUUGUUUGGUUUAUUCUUUCUUUCUGUUUGGGGUUUGUGUGUUGUACAGAGCCGCUGUGUGGGUCCUACCACUGAUUUUCUCUCCCGGCACUAAGCCUCCUCUGAGGGUCUUUGGUUCUUUUCCUAUGUCACAGAGGUGUUCUAAGAUGUUUGAGUUGUUCUUAAGAGGAAAAUGAGUUUGAUCUUUUAAACAUUUCUUAGAGCCAGUAAGCAGCAAUUUAAUCAGGAAGUCUUUUUCAAAAUUUUGUUUAAAAAAAACAAAAAUGAGAAAUGUAUUACUGUUCUAUCCAAUAAUGUGAUGCAGAUAACUUGCCAGAUCCAUUUUUCCUUUUUAAGACAAAUUGGGUAGGAAACCCAAUAUAAAAACAGUCAAUAUUUGACCAUGUGGAAUUACCAAAUUUAGAAUACUAUGAGUGUAUUCAUAUUUUUUCUAUAUUGAAUAAACAAUGUAACAUAGAUACAAUGUAAAUAAAAGUGAUACCACUAGU